AUGUCGGCUGUCAAGAGAAAGGCCGUCACAGACGAGCGCCCUAGCAAGAAAGCCAAAUCGUCCGAGGCGAAAGACGAGCAAAGCAAAGAGAAGAGGCCUCGGAAAUCCGUCGACAAUAGCGGUGAGAAGAGGGUGCUCAAAUCUAUACUACAGACUGAAGAGCGCAGCUUUCCACGCGGUGGCGCAGGUCCCCUUACUGCCUUGGAAAAUAAACAGAUUCAAGCUCAGGCUGAGCGAGAUGCCAAGAAAGAAUUGGAGACUGGUCAGCAGCAGUCGCUCGACGAUGAGGAUCUGUUCGAUGAUGCCGCAGACGAAUCCCGCAGCAAGAAGAAGAGGAAGAGCGAUGCUAAGAAGGGCAAGAGUGAAGGCACCAUCACAAGGAUACAAGGUUUAACCUACAAAAACCUCACUGUGGGCAGCGUCGUACUUGGCCGGAUCACAGCAAUCACUGACCGCGACAUCGCGCUUGCCUUGCCCAACAACAUGACCGGAUAUGCUAAAAUUACCUCGAUCUCGCCAAAAGUCAACUCCAAACUCGAACAGAUCAUGCUGGCGGAGGAGGAGGAUGCUGAAGAGCACGGCGACGUUGACCUGAAAGAGCUAUUCCACAUAGGACAGUGGCUCAGAGCUGCCGUGACUGCCACUGCUACCGAACCAGAAGAAGGCAAGGACAAGGGAAAGGGACAGAGCAAGCCCAAGAAACACAUCGAACUGUCAAUUGAGCCUGCGGCUACAAACGGUCGUCUUUCUGCGGACAGCGUUGUGACGCAUAGCACGAUUCAAGCUUCCGUACGCAGUGUCGAGGAUCAUGGCCUGGUUAUGGAUGUUGGUCUCAUUGAGGAGCAUGCCACCGGUUUCAUCGCCAAGAAGGCGCUAGGAGCUGCCUGGGAAUUAAGCAAAGCGAAGGAGGGUCAAGUCAUGCUUUGUCUUGUCACCGACAAAGUUGGCGGUGACGGGCGAAAAGUUCUGAAACUGUCACCAGAUUUCAACAAGCUCAAUGGCAGUCAAUCGAAUGCUCCGGUCGUCAGCGAUGCUCCUACGGUCGACGCCUUUCUACCGGGUACACUCGCCAAUGUCCUUGUGACAGAAGUCACGCCACUGGGGAUCGCUGGCAAGAUCAUGGGCCUACUCGAUGUCACUGCUGACACGGUUCACUCCAAUGCUGUUGGCGUCGAGGAUAUGAGCAAGAAAUUCAAGAUCGGAAGCAAAUUAAAAGCGCGAAUUACUUAUGCGCUUCCUCAAGUCGAUGAGUCUACAAAGGUCGGGGUAUCAUUGCUCGAUCACGUUCUGGCACUUACACCAGCUCCGACCAAGCUGCCAGGAAACGCGACGUUCAAAUUGAAGGCACAAGCAAAAGAGAUAGAACAAGCGUUGCCGCUCUCGAAAAUUCUUGACGAAGCAAAGGUGACCAGAGUCCUCUCCCAGCAGGGAGUGUUCCUCGCGGUCUCGAGAAAGGAAGGCCGCGGAGAGCGGACCAUAACGGCAUUCGCACAUAUCUCCCAGCUUUCGGACCAGCACAUUGAUACAUUGUCAUCAACGUCUGGAUCUUACAAGCCGGGCACUGUGCACAAGGCACGGGUGCUGUCUUACAACCCCAUCGACGACAUCUACCGUGUCUCCUUGAAGCAGUCAGUGCUUGACCAAGCUUUUCUGCGACUUGAAGAUUUGAAAGUGGGCCAGACUGUCAAGGGCUCUGUCGACAAGCUGAUCUACGGAAGUAAGAGUGGAGUUACUGGCAUUUUGGUGAAGCUGAGCGACAACGUCAACGGCCUAGUCCCGGAGAUGCAUCUCAGUGAUACACAACUUCGUUUUCCCGAGAGCAAAUUCAGAGCAGGCUCUGAAGUAAAGGCGCGUGUGCUGUCGGUCCACCCGGAGGAGCGACAGAUUCGACUCACUCUCAAGAAAUCUUUGCUUGAAGAUGACAGCACCUCUCUCUGGAAAGACUAUCAUGAUCUCGAACCCGGCAUGACUUCUCGAGGGACGAUCAUAGCUCUGCACGACAACGGUGCUGUCAUUCAAUUCUACGGCGCUGUCCGAGCUUGGUUGCCGGUCGCCGAGAUGAGCGAGUCGUGGAUUGAAAGUCCGAGCGAGUUUUACCGCCUUGGUCAGACCGUCAAUGUGAGGAUUGUGUCAGUCUCGCCUGAGGCUGAGCGAAUGAAAGUCACUUGCAAGGAUGGCGGAGACUUCACCCAAGAACAAAGCGACGCGUGGGAUAGAAUCCACGGCGGUGAACUUGUGAGCGCUUGCGUCACCGAAAAGACAGCCGACUCCAUUCUGCUUGAUCUUGAUCACGGUCUCAAAGGGAUUAUCCGGCUUGGCCACCUAGUCGACAACUCGGAGGCCAAGGCGCAGAGCGCCAUGAAACGGAUCCGUGUAGGAGAGAAGCUGAAGAAUCUCUUGGUACUUGACAAGCAGGAGAGAAGCCGUACGGUCGUGCUUAGCAAUAAGCCUUCCAUGGUGAAGGACGCUGCCAAGCCUGGUAAGCUCAUCAAAAGCUUCAGUGAUGCUCGGCCAGGAAUUAAAUUCCAUGGCUUCGUGCGAAACAUCACACAGGACAGCGUGUAUGCUGAAUUUCCUAAUGGCGUGGUUGGUCUCAUCACGAAGAGCCUGCUUCUGCCUGAAAUGAGCAAUCAACCAUCAUUCGGACUCCGAAGGGACCAGACAUUGACCGUCUGGGUGACUGAUGUUGAUCUUACGCGGCAGCGAUUUCUGCUCACAAUGCGCGAGCCAGGGCAGUCGGCUCAGACCGAGACAUCUGAGAACCGUAAUGCAACGGAGAGCGACGUCAAAAAUGCCGUCGACCCUGCGAUCUCUUCGAUGGCAGAUUUUGCGCUUGGAACAGUCGUUAAGGCUCGCAUUGCUUCCGUGAAAGCCACGCAGAUCAAUGUUCGGCUUGCAGACAAUGUGCAGGGCCGUGUGGAUGUCAGUGAAGUAUUCGACAGUUGGGACGAUAUUACGAAUAAAGCGGCUCCCUUGCAGAACGAUAAGCUGAAGCAGAACGACACGAUCGACGUCAAGAUCCUGGGUAUCCACGAUGCACGCAGUCAUCGCUUCCUUCCUAUCAGCCACCGUGGGGGUAAGGUGCCGGUUUUCGAGCUCUCAGCCAAGCCGUCCAGAGUUCGAGGUGGCGAUGAGUCUCUCCUGGCGAUGGACUCUGUCAAGCAGGGUGCUUCCUACCUUGCAUUUGUCAACAAUCACAGCGAUAAUUGCGUGUGGGCGAACCUGUCACCUAACGUCCGCGGUCGUGUGUCGUUGAUGGACUUGUCAGAUGACGUUGGUCAAUUACAAAACGUUGAAAAUCGCUUUCGUGUUGGGUGCGCUCUCCAGGUCAAGGUGAAGUCAGUCGAUACUACAAGCAACAAGCUCGACCUGACCGCGAAAGAAAAUUUGACACGGAAAGAGCUUUCCCUGGGCAUGGUCGUGCCAGCGCGCGUCACCAAAAUAUCCGAGCAUGGCAUUACCGUUAUGAUCGCUGAUGAUAUCGUCUGUCACGUGCCGCUCGUGGAACUCAGCGAUGAUUAUGACCAAACAAACCCCGGGCAGCAUCGCAAGAACGAGGUUGUUCGUGUCUGUGUUGUAGGCCUUAGCCUGCCAGACAAGCGCGUCUUCGUCAGCUUGCGCCCUUCCAAAGUGUUGAGCUCAAGCCUGCCGGUGAAGGAUGCACAUAUCACAGAAGCUUCUCAGCUCAAGCCUGGAGCGAUCGUCCGCGGUUUCGUCAAACGAGUCGCCGAGAAAGGAAUUUUUGUGUCUCUUGGCUCUCGCGUCGACGCUCUGGUUCAUAUCUCUGACUUGAGUGACCAGUUUGUGAAGGACUGGCCUAGCAUCUACGAGGUUAAUCAGCUUGUUCAGGGCAGAGUGGUGACUGUUGAUGCCGCCAGCGGACAGGUCCAGCUAAGCCUAAAGAGAUCGCACGUGGACAAUGAUUAUCAGCCGCCGAUGACCAUUCAUGAUCUAAAGCAAGGCAUGACAGUCACUGGGAAAGUCCGGAAGGUCGAGGACUUUGGCGCAUUCGUGGACAUCGAUAAUACACAGCCCCGGCUUUCUGGACUUUGUCACAGAAGCGAGGUUGCUGCGAAACGAAUUGAGGACGUCCGGAAACACUAUAGCUCCGGAGAUGUCGUGAAAGCGAAGGUGCUCAGCGUGGACCCGGACAGCAGAAAGAUCAGUCUUGGGUUGAAGGCCAGCUAUUUCAGCAAUGAAGCCGAGAUCAGCGAAGACGAAAGUGGAGAUGAGAGUGAGGACGUUGACAUGGAGGAUGGCGUAGAGGUUGAAGAAGAGUCUGAUGCCGAGGGUGGCGUCGAAGUUGAUCUCUCUGAAUUGCAAGAAGCGGACAGUGACGCUGAUGAGGCCGCGGAUGCCAUGGAAGUCGACGCCGAUAUCGAAUCGACUGUCAAGGGCGGUCUGAAGACAGCUGGCUUUCAAUGGGGCGAACCUGAUGUCGGCAGGGACACGGCUGCGGACGAAUCUGAACCUGAGACGACUUCGACAAAGAAGCGCAAGCGCAAGCCUGAGAUCAAAGAGGAUCGCACCGGUGAUCUUGACAAGUUUGGCCCACGCAGUGAUAGCGACUUCGAGCGCCACCUCCUGAGCCAGCCCAACAACUCUGGUUUGUGGAUACAAUAUAUGGCUUUCCAACUGGAGCUCUCCGAGGUACAGAAGGCUCGUGAUAUCGCCGAGCGAGCUUUACGCACGAUCCAUAUUCGAGAAACUGAAGAGAAAAUGCACAUCUGGGUCGCUUGGCUAAACAUGGAAAUUGAGUACGGCGAUGACGAGCGCGUCGAAGACGUAUUCAAGCGCGCCUGCGAAGUCCAAGAUCCGCUUGAAAUGCACGAACGUCUGGCAAACAUUUACAUCAGUGCUGGACGUCUUGAUCAGGCGGACGCCGUCUUCGAGAAGAUUGUGGCCAACAAAAACUUCCGCGCAAGUCCUGAUGUCUGGUACAACUACGCAACGUUCCUCAUGAACAACCUUGGAGCUGCAGAUCGCGCGAGAGCGCUGCAAUCAAGAGCGCUGAAAUCGAUCUCGCCAAAGGAGAAUCGCAAGCUCGUGGCGAAGUUCGCGGCGCUUGAAUUUCACUCUGAAAAUGGUACCGCUGAACGUGGUCGAAGCGUCUUUGAGGCAAUUCUGUCGGAUUCACCACACUGGAGCUCUGGAUGGGAUCAAUGGGUUGAUCUUGAACGCUCACGAGAGGCGAUCGACAAGACCAGGGCGCUUUAUGAACGCAUCAGCCAGCAAAAGAUGAAGAAAAGGCGAGCAAAAUUCGUCUUCAAGAAAUGGCUGGAAUAUGAAGAGAAAGAAGGCAAGGAAAAGGACGUGGAAAGAGUCAAGGCUCUUGCUAGCGAAUACGUAAGGAAAUUGGCAGCAAGAGGUGAAGAUGAGGAUGAGUGA